UCUCGUCCUCCUCUGCUGUUUAAAGGGGAAGCUCCUUUUGUCUGCGCCCGUCCCUUUUCCACCCCGUGGCUGCGGGAGAGAUAAUGGAGAUGUGAAGAAUAAUCUCAAGGUAGAAAUGUCUGAACAACAGAAACAGAUUGAGAUAUUGGUGAAACCACUGGACGAGAACAUGUCUCAGUGCCAUGUCAAGGCAGAAGCCGCUGAACAGCAACAUGGAUUGUCAAGCCAACAGGGGAAGCCCAUGGGGUUGAGAGUGGAUGAGUCCACCCUGGGUGAGGAAAGCUUCAAGGACCAAAGCGAAAUCUCAGCCCAGGGAGAGAUGGGAAAAGACAAGGGAUUAGUAAUUUUAGAAGAAGAGAAGAAUGCAAACCUUAUUACUUGUGGGAGGAACCUUAUGGCAGUGAAAUUGUAUGGAUGCUCAGACGGUGGAAACUCCUCUUGUAUGACCUCUGAAAAUCAAUGGGAUCAUACUGCAAGGGAGGAAAUAUACACAUCUUUGGACUUUGGGGACUCCUUUGGUAUGGAUGCUGGCUUUAUCAAGCAUUGUGGAACCCACACAGGAGACAAAACGUUUCAAUGCUCAGACUGUGGGAAGAGCUGUGAAACAAAAAGCCAGUUGCUUGCGCAUAUGAAGAUGCACACAGGGGGAAACCCACUUAGAUGCACCAUCUGUGGGAAGAGCUUCUCUCAGAACAGAGACCUUUCUACUAAUGAGAGAAUCCACACAGAAGACAAAAUGUUUAUGUGCUCAGAAUGCAACAAAUCCUGCCCCAACAACACUGAACUUGGACAUCCCCAACCCCAGACAGGGGAGGAACCAUAUAAAUGUUUAGACUGUGGGAGAUCCUUCACUCUGAACUCUGACUUUCGUAAACAUCACAAAACCCACACGGGAGGGAAACGACAUAAAUGCCCAGACUGUGGCAAGACUUUUGAUAAGAAAUUUAAGCUAGUGACGCAUGUGAGAAUCCAUACUGGGGAGAAACCUUUUAAGUGUUUGGACUGUGGGAAAAGCUUUGCUCAGAAGGGGAACCUUGUGGUUCAUGAGAGAAGCCAUACUGGGGAGAAACCAUACAAGUGCUUGGAUUGCGAGAAGUCCUUCAGUGUGAAUGCAGACCUUAUUAGACAUCACAGAAUACACACAGGGGAAAAGCCAUUCAAAUGCCCAGAGUGUGGGAAAUUCUUCAGGACACACUCUGAAAUGUUCAGACAUCAGAGAACUCACCCAGGGAACAAACCAUACGACUGCUGGGACUGUGGCAAAACCUUUAGUCAGGAAGCCCACCUCGUGGCACACCUGAGAAUCCACACUGGGGAGAAGCCCUACAAAUGCCCAGACUGUCGGCAAAGCUUUGCCCAGAAAGGGAACCUUAUUCUUCAUCAGAGGACCCACAUGGAAGAGAAGCCGUAUAAAUGCUUGGACUGUGAGAAAUCCUUCCGUGCAAAAUCUAAGCUCAUAGAGCAUCAGAGGCUUCACACCGGGGAGACGCCCUAUGAUUGCUCAGACUGCGGUAAAAGCUUCAGCCGGAAAGGGAGCCUCCUUGCCCACAUGCACUUCCAUUCCGGGAAGAAGCCGUAUGAAUGCUCCAUUUGUGGGAAAUCCUUCAUUAUGAACUCUGAUCUCCUUAGACAUCAGAGAACUCACACAGGAGAGAAACCAUACAAGUGCUCAGAUUGCGAGAAAAGCUUUAGUCGGAAAGACGGCCUGCUCAAACACCUGGUAAUCCAUUCUGGGACAGAAUUGCACAUUCAGGAAAAGCCAUACGAAUGCUUGCACUGUGGCAGGAGUUACAAUUACAAACAGAACCUCAUUGUGCAUAGAAGAACUCACACUGGAGAAAAGAGAUUUAAAUGCACAGACUGCGGUAAAACCUUCAACACAAACUCUGAACUUACCAAACAUCGGAGAAUGCACACGGGGGAGAAGCCGUACAAGUGCUCCGAUUGUGGGAAAAGCUUCGCCCAGAGGGGAGGCCUGGUUGCCCACAAGAGGACCCACACAGGAGAGAAGCCGUACAAAUGCACCGUUUGUGGGAAAUGUUUUAGUCUGAGCUCUUGCCUGAUUAGACACCAGCAAAUCCACACAGGGGAGAAACCCUACCAGUGCCCAGACUGCGGACAGUGCUUUACUCACAAAAGGAACCUUGUCAAACACGCUGCCAGCCACCAAGAAGAAAAACCAUAUAACUGCUCAGACUGUGGGAAAGGUUUUGGGAUAAGUUAUCACCUCGUUCAGCACCAGCAAAUCCACUCAGGAGAGAAACCAUAUAAAUGCUUGGAAUGUGGGCAGAGUUUCACUCACAAGAGAAACCUUGUGGUACAUGUGAGAAGCCACACAUCAGAGAAGCUCCACAAAUGCCCAGACUGUGGGAAAAGUUUCCCUCACAAAAAUAAUCUUGUCGAGCAUAUGGGAAUUCAUGCAGGGGAGAAACCGCAGGAGUGCCCAGAAUGUGGGGAAAGUUUCACUGAUCUUCUUGUUCUUAUUAAGCACAGAAGAAUCCACACAGAGACAGCCUUGGAGGAAUCUUCCUAUUGGGAGAAGAUACUUGGUUGAAACGUGCAUGAACUUUUACUGCGUAUUAGAGAAAUUAUACUGUAGGAGAUGCUUAGACUCAAGAAGGCCGUUAGGAAGUGUGAAAUCGGAACCAGCGAGGGUGGUGAAUGUCCUGCAUGAGUGUCUGGAGGAAGAUGGAGGAGGAUGGUGGUUGGUGGGUUGAGGUUGAAUCCCAACAAGCUAGAAGUGCUGUUUCUAGGGGCCAGGGAGCAGGCGGAUGUGACAGACUCCCUGGUCCUGAAUGGGGUAACUCCGCCCCUAAAGGACCAGGUGUGCAGCCUGGGGGUCAUUUGGUCUCACAACUGCUCAUGGAGGCGCAGGUCAAUUCUGUGUUCAGGGCAGCUGUCUACCAGCUCGAU